CCUGGGGGAAAAAAAGUUUUUGUGCAUUUUCUAAAUGUUUAAACAAUUCCAGCAGAAAUGGCACAUUUUAAAAGCAAUCAAACUUAUUAUAGAUUACAUAUGUUGGAAAUGGAAAUUAACACUAAAGUGGUAGUUUUUUAAAAAGCUCAUGUUAAUCUCUUUUUUAGAGUUACAGUUAAUCUAAAAUGUAACCAAGUUUUGCAAAGACUUACACGUUUUUUCUUGCUUCAUUUACUUUAAUUGCAUUCUGCUCUCAUGUACUUCCUAUCAAUGACAGUUUACUUAUAUCUUACAAACACAGGAUACAUUUCAUUCAAAUAAGGAAUUUAUUUGUGCAAAAAUGACUAAGAAUCAACAUUAUGAAAGAGUGAAUAUUCCAGAAACAAUGGAUAUUCAUUAUUACUAAACACCUUGUCUUUUUUAAGAGAAACUCCCUGUAGUCUCGGACAAUGUUUCGUGUCUAAUUUUUCAUUACACAUUACGCAAAAUCCCUGAGCAUUCUUUGGACCACGUGGGCACAUGAGACGUACACAUGAGAUGUGCACACUGUGGACACACCAAUAUCACAAAACCUGACUAUAUCACUUAAAUAAUCUAAUUACAACAGUCAUUUACAUUAGAUUACCGUACUUUUAAUAGAAGCGAUUUGGCAAACAUACAAUGGAAAUACAGUGGAAACUCGAUUUAGGUUAUUCAACAUGGUUCGCCAACCUAAAAGUUUAUAUGGUAAAACAGUGUUCCCCAUAAGAAUCAUUGUAAACAUGUCUAUGAAGGUUCUCAUUCAUCCAGGUCAUUGUCAUCUCAGGGCAUUCAAUCGAUAGCAACUGGACUGCUUGGUUUGUCUUGGAAGACGUUUCGCCACUCACCCGUGUAGGCUUCAUCAGAUCGUGUUCAUGGACUUAGAUUGGUCAGAUCUAGUCCAGCGGCUGGUGCCUAAACCCCAAAUAUUUAUACUCCAAAAAACCAAGAGGGUGUGCCUGGGCAAGGAUAGUGCAUCCUGAAGACUGGACAACCCACACCCACAAAAACAAUCUGGUGUAUGCUAUCUAGUGUAAUGAUGAAUGCACUGAUUCAUCUAUUGGGGAAACAAAACAGCCACUAAGCCGACGCAUGCCACAGAAUAGACGAGCAAACUCUUCAGGCCAAGACUCACCUGUCUACCUGCACCUCAGGGAGAAACAGCACUCCUUUGAGAACAAAAUGCGCAGAUUCUGGACAGGGAAGACGGAGGACAAUUUAUUUAGCUCAACAACACAACAUUACAACAAGCUUAAAUGUCAGCACACACACACAUAAGUGCAAUCCGAAACCAAAAAACAGGAAAAUAAUUUUACCUGAUGUCUGGGAGUAGUUGUGACAUUGUUGAACUCUUUGGGAGCUUCGGAGUGACAAACAAGCAGUGGCUUCACUUUGUCACCGCUGGUAUUAACACAAAAUAGCAAUAUGAGGUGAUCCUUCAUUGGCUUGUGCCUUCUCUUUUGCUAUAACAAAGGUUUGUUGUGGCGUUAUUUUUGGUCUUGUCACAAUUAAAGACUUGCUGCGGAACAAAGCCCCCAUGUUGAUAAAAUCGUUGAACUGAAGGGGCCACAAGCCCCAGGCUAACUUGCUAAAAUGCUAGCUCAGUUGUUGUCUCGCAACCUGAAGCUAUACAGCAAGACUGUGAGAGUUUGGACACAUUUAAGUGGUUUCUGAUCUUUAAGACAGGCUCACACAGCUCUAACCAGCACAAGGUACGACAUGAAUGAUUCAAGCAGCAUGAGAAGUAAAAGAAUAAAAGCGUUUGUACCCCAAGACAUGGUCCACACACAGAGACAUAUUUGGCGCGAUAUAAACGUUACAUAAGUCUCUUGCUCUUACAAACAGAUAUCUACUGACAGAUAUACGUUUGAAAUAUACACUACUUUGUAUUAGAAAUGGCAACAGCGGAGGAUGCAUGUGCAUGUACGAGCCAGUCUGCCCUACAACCAGAGGACAGAUAAAAAAGGAGCAUAUUGACUACAGCGUUGGACUACAAUGGCGGGCUCACGCAAAGCACUUGGGGUACAUUUUUACCAUAUACUGUAUGGAGAUAUCCGUCGAUGUGGCAAUUGGGAAAAACUUCUCAAUUGGGGCAAAUUCCAAACAGAUCGUUUGGAGGAAGUAUGAAGGAAGGCAAUAUUUUUAUAAAUAUCUCUGCAAUGCCUCCAUGUUUUAAUUUCAAUUUUUUGGGACUUACGCAGAUCCCAAACACACACAAAAUUAUACCAAUGGGUAAGAAAAAUUGGUUUUGCACAGUAGGUCCCAUUUAAAACCUACCGUAUUUUUCGGAUUAUAAAUCCCAGUUUUUUUCAUAGUUUGGCCAGGGGUGCGAUUUAUACUCUGGAGCGACUUAUGUGUGAAAUUAUUAACACAUUACCGUAAAAUAUCAAAUAAUAUUAUUUAUCUCAUUCACGUAAGAGAUUAGGCGUAUAUCAGCAAUCGUCACACACACACACAUGUCAACCAAUAAAUAUUUGGUGGGGGAGGGUCAUGGCAGAAGUGCAUUGUGGAAAAAAAGAUGCUACUUGCUACUACUUCCGUACCUAUGAAAAUUGAUAAUUUCAACAUGGGCGGUAACUUAUAAAAACUGAGAAGGGCUGAACAAAAAUGGCACGGAAAAGGAAAUUAUAUACUGCAGAUUUCAAGCUGGAAGUAGUGAAAUAUGCAGCAGAAAACAGCAAUUGAGCAGCAGAAAGAAAGUUUGGAGUAAGUGAGAAAUUUGUAAGGGACUGGCGAAAAGCGGAGGCUACUCUUACUGAAAUGAAGAAAACUGAAAAAGCUAAUUGCAGGCUAAAAAAUGCGACUAAUACUCUAGUGCGACUUAUAUAUGUUUUUUUUCCUUCUUUAUUAUGCAUUUUCGGCCGGUGCGGUUUAUACUCCGGUGCGAUUUAUACUCCGGUGCGAUUUAUAAUCCGAAAAUAAAACAUAUUCACUUUUAUUAUUGUAAUUAUCUUAGCAAGCAUAAUGUUUUACAGACUGGGAUCAGAUGUUUUUGGAUGUAUGUAUUGUUUUAAAGUUUUGAAUUAGCUCUAUACUACAGCAUUAACUAGGGAUGAUUGUAACAUACAGCAAGGUAGGACAACAUUUAUUCAAAUCGUUGUUUCUAUCAGAGGCACACAGGCAUGGAACACACUACCAUCUCAUAUUAGAAACUGUGACCACUACCCAACCUUUAAAAAACCCACUAAAACAGUGGUUAAAGACAAAACAGUUUGGCACUCAUCAUGCCGCUAAUUAGGUACAUUUGUAAAAAAAAAAAAAAUGCAUUUUUAAAUUACUAAUAUCAUUUAUUAUGUGUAUUUUUAUUAUUAGAAGUAUUUUAUAAUGUGCAUUCUUUUUCAGAGAAGGAUGUUUGGCCACUGUCACUCAAAUCAACAGAAUUGUACUUUUGUCUGUCAAGAAUGGCUUUGGUCUUGUGUUACUGAUAAAAAUGUUAUGUAAGAUGAAAAAAGGAGUGCCUUAGAAGGUUGCCGUGUUCUUCUGGCUGAAUCGCCGCACUACGCCUGCCCAGAGGUGAUCAGGGGGGAGAAGUAUGAUGGCCGCAAAGCAGAUGCAUGGAGCUGUGGAGUCAUUCUCUUCGCACUUUUAGUGGGCGCAUUACCUUUUGAUGACGACAAUCUGCGAAAUCUUCUGGAGAAGGUGAAGCUAGGAGUGUUCCAUAUGCCUCACUUCAUCCCUCCAGACUGCCAGAACCUUCUUCGUGGCAUGAUUGAAGUGGACGCAUCCAAGAGACUGACGUUAGAGGAGAUCCAGAAGCAUACAUGGUACCUAGCGGGAAAGAAUGAACCUGAGCCUGAACAGCCCGUCCCCAGGAAAGUGUCUAUCAGAAAGCUGGCGACAGCAGAAGAGAUCGAUCCUGAUGUGCUCGAGAGCAUGCACUCUCUCGGCUGUUUCAGGGAUAAGGACAAACUGACCAAAGACCUGCUGUCUGAAGAGGACAAUCAGGAAAAGAUGAUCUACUUCCUUCUACUCGAUCGCAAGGAAAGAUAUCCAAGCCAUGAGGACCAGAAUCUACCACCGCGCAAUGAGAUCGCAGACCCUCCCAGGAAGCGAGUGGACUCGCCCAUGCUGAGUCGUCACGGGAAGCGAAGACCAGAGAGGAAGUCGAUGGAGGUUUUGAGUGUCACAGAAGGAGGAUCACCUGUACCGGUACGACGAGCCAUGGACAUGGCAACUCACGGUCAGAGGUCACGCUCCAUCAGUGGAGCGUCCUCUGGUCUUUCCAUCAGUCCUCUCAGUAGUCCCAGGCCCAACCGGCGGUUUUUCAUCCCACCCCAAUCCCCAGACCUGUGUCAGUCCCCCAAUUGCAGCCCCACCCACUCCCUUGAGAUUCGGCUUAACGGGUUGGGUCCUCGCACACCCAACUCCUUCCAUCCAAAACUGGGGUCCCCCCUCAUGCACCCUCGCACUCAGACCCUCCCUGCCAAACCCAAAGUGUCCGAGAAACCACUGCAGACCACCAAGUCCAACCCGCUCCCCAGCCCAGCCCAGACUCCUUUUAAGUCUGAACCUUCUACACCCAACCAGCCACUAACGCCCUGUAUCCCCAACAGUCCCUGUCUGAGGCGCCACUCUCCCCUUACUGUGCCCCCUAAGAUCUCCAUUCUUCUGUCCCCUGUGCCUCCCAUGUCCCCCAUGCGCCGCCACCACCUCCACCCUGACCACAAUGGCAAAUCUUUCCCCAAUACGCAGGUGACCCCCCAUCCUUCCCCCAGAGGGAGUCCUCUUCCUACCCCUAAAGGUACCCCGGUUCACACACCAAAGGACAGCCCGACUGGCACACCCAGUCCAACGCCACCCCCCAGCCCAUCUAUCGGGGGAUUGCCUUGGAGGACUCGCCUCAACUCCAUUAAAAACAGCUUCCUGGGCUCGCCUCGGUUCCAUCGUCGGAAAAUGCAAGUUCCCACACAAGAGGACUUGUCCAGUCUAACCCCUGACUCUUCUCCAGAACUUGCAAAAAAAUCCUGGUUUGGUAACUUCAUUAACCUGGAAAAAGAGGAGCAGAUAUUCAUCGUGAUCAAGGACAAACCUCUCAGCUCCAUAAAAGCAGACAUUGUCCACGCUUUCCUCUCUAUACCGAGUCUGAGCCACAGUGUCAUAUCCCAGACCAGUUUUCGGGCCGAGUACAAGUCAGCAGCUGGUCCAACUGUUUUUCAAAAGCCUGUCAAGUUCCAGGUAGACAUCACCUACUCGGAGAGCACUAGCGCCACCAAGGAGAACGGAAUCUACUCGGUCACAUUCACACUGCUCUCAGGUCCAUGCCGACGUUUCAAGCGUGUGGUGGAGAUCAUUCAGACCCAGCUGCUGAGUUCCAAUGAGCAGUCUGGCAUCCAGCCCCAGAUCUCUGGCAGCCCGUUGAGUAACUUCUUUGACGUAAUUAAACAGCUUUUUUCAGACGACAAGAACGCCCAAUCCGCCCACUCGCCCGCCGCUCCCAGCUCCCCCGCCAAGCAUGCCUCCCCGGCUGCCAAGCCCGGCCAGCCACCCGCCAAUGACUCCAAAUGUCCCGCCGGCAAGGACAAAACAAAGAUGGCUGCCAACAACAGGACACAGGAGCAUCCUUAAGGAGCGCUAGCCGUGCAUGUCUAGAUGAGAAAGAUGCAAAACUAGACAAAGAAAAGCUGCUUAUAUUGUCACAAAUCCACUUUUUUACUCACAAUGUAGCGUUGUAGGUCCCGCCUCCUCUGUCCCAGGGUUGGGUGCAAGGGGUGUCCUCUCGUUUCCUGUGUUUGAUAGCUUGACUUGUCUCUGCCACCAGGAAUCAUCCACAAAAACUCUUAAACUACAGCGGCCGGCCUGCUCGUCACCUUCAGAAAAAGACCCAACGUCCCGCCCCCGUCCUCUGACUAAACUCUUCUUGGAAGACAAAGAAGCCUUAAGACAGUAAAGUUUGUCACAUCUUUUUGCUUGACUUCAAACACAUGCCUCUGGUGGACACGACCCGGUGGAAGAAGCGGAGACAGAAAGUACUUCUUCUUUGGGUUUUACAGAAGCGAAUAAUCUCCUUUUAAAUAUUGUUUUCCCUGUAUUUUGUUCUCUCCCGUACACAUCAGAAACACACCAAAAAAAGCAACUAAUGUAAUCCUUCAUUUGGUGAUUUCUAUGCAAUAAUUCCAAACAAAGUUGUCCAGAACAUGUACAAGGCACAUGGGAGUCUUUAGUACGAAUACUGUACAAAAUUCGACUACUGACAAAAAAACUACAAACCAAGAGCAAAGUGAACAAUUUAUAAUAAGAACUAAAAGUAUCCAAAAGAGACAUUUCUUGAGCUUUAGGCCAGAAAAAAACGAGUUGGGAAACGGAGCAACGAGGCAGUUUAGGAAGACAGUGUAUGUAG